AUGGGAGAGUCCGGGAGAGUGAUCAGAGGAGCAAACCCAUUCAUGUGCGCAUGGAUGCUGCCGUGCCACCGUCUCUUGACAGUACUGCUCGUGGCCGUGACGGCGUCGGCAUCGGCAUCGGUCAACACACUUCCUGGCUGCCCCGCGACAUGCGGCAACGUUAGCAUCCCCUACCCAUUCGGCAUCGAGACGAAGUGCUCCUUCCCAGCUCGAGGUUUCGCGCUUAGUUGCAACGACACUGGCAAUGGCGUCCAAAAACCAUUCCACACCAACGUCGAGUUCAUCAACAUAUCCUUGCAGGCAGCCCAGGCUCGCAUCUACAACUACAUAUCCUGGCAAUGCUACAACGCCACAUACGCCAACGUGUCGCACAACACAUGGCAACUAAAUUUCACCGACUAUCCAUUCCGGUUCUCCGACACCGAUAACAAGUUCACGGUUGUCGGCUGUGACACCCUCGCGUACAUCAGAGGGAAGAAUCAGAAAGAAAGCUACGUAAGCGGAUGUGUAUCGGUCUGCAACAGCACUGCGAGCCUGACAAACGGGUCAUGCUCUGGCAUCGGCUGCUGCCAAACCUCCAUCCCCAGGGGAACCUGCGUUAAUCCCGACCACAGCAACCUUUCCACGUCAGUGAAAUUGGUUAUAGCCAUCACAUUCUGGUCGCCUAGCUUUGUUUACAAGGUGCCCGAAGGACCUGAACAAGUAAACAAGACCUCUGAGCCACAGAAAUCCAGCACCUUGUAG